GACUCCGUUCCGGCCGGUCAGCCACCUUUCCUCCCUCCUCCGUCUCCUUUCGCUUCCGAUCACCAAAAGACCUUUCUUUUUCAUCUCCCUCGGUGUUCGGCUUCACUGGGGCGCCCGUCUCUAAAAGCCUUAGUUGACGCCGACGCCACGCACGGGAGCACCGGAGCUGCAGCGAAGGAAGGAGAGGAGCGAAGAGAGCGGUGGGGUGGGGUGGCAGAUGAAGAAGUGCCCGUCAGAGCUGGAGCUGGAGGCCUUCAUCCGCUGCCGGGAGGACGCCGCGGCGGCGGCCGAGCAGAAGCCAGGGCACGCCGCUGGCGCGCAGGCGCCGUUCAGCUCCGGCGUGUUCCCCGCCGGAGGGGGCGAUCUCUCCAGCUUCAGCUUCGCGGACUCGAACACCCUCAAUGGAAGCAUUCACAAUCACCUAUGGUCCCAUAACCACAACGUGAGGCUUCCUGCACUCUCGACGACAAUCGAGUCGCAAUCUUCAAUCUGCGCAGCAGCAGCAAGUCCAACAUCAGCGACCAACCUUAAUCUGAAAGAGAGCCAAGCUCUGGGGGGCUCAAGUGGUUCAGAUUCUGAUAGCGAUUCGUUGCUAGAUAUCGAGGGUGGUCCAUGCGAGCAAAGCACAAACCCAUUGGACGUGAAGAGAAUGCGACGGAUGGUGUCAAACCGUGAAUCUGCUCGACGGUCGAGGAAGAGGAAGCAGGCUCACUUAGCAGAGCUCGAGACCCAGGUUGACCAGCUCCGGGGCGAAAGUGCGUCACUCUUCAAGCAGCUGACAGACGCCAACCAGCAAUUCACGACCGCUGUCACGGACAACAGGAUCUUGAAAUCAGAUGUCGAGGUCCUCAGAGUCAAGGUGAAGCUGGCGGAGGACAUGGUGGCGCGCGGCGCGCUGUCGUGCGGGCUGGGCAGCCUCGGGCUGUCGACGGUGCUGAACCCGCGGCAGGCGUGCCGGGGCCCCGAUGUGCUGGACGGCCUGGACUUCCCCGGUGACGACGAGUGCUUCACGGGGCUGUCCCAGACGGAGCAUGUCCAGAACUCGUCGCUGCAGAGCAUGGCGAGCUUCGAGAGCCUGGAGAAUCGGAUGCCCAGUGAGGUGACGAGUUGCAGCGGCGCCGGCGUGGACGUCUGGGGGUGGGACUCCCACUCUAACGGCGGCUUGUCCAAGUGAAGAAGCUGAACCGUGACACCGGCAGCUCAAAGCUGCCGCUUUCUCUAUAGUCUAUAUAUAUAUGCAUAUAUGUGGCAGUAUAAUCUGAAAAUGUAUGAACUGAACGGACUUGAGUUUUCCAGAGUCCUCGUGUCGGUAUAUUUUGAUUAUUUCUGUAAUAGAACUGACUAGCUAUACAUAUAUGCUUAGAGACUGAACCCUGAAGCAUUAUUUAGUAUUGGGGUUAUUAUAUGCACUUCUCUAAUCUGAUUUCAGUAGGUUUCCUGA